GCAGCGUUUACUCAGACUUGUCAGCUGCUUCCAUUUCCGCGGCUUUUCUCGCCGGUGAUGCGGUGAUUACGCGGCACGGUUAGCCACACACUCAUUGGGCAUUCGCUGCAUGCGCUGGAGCCCGCAGCCCCGCUUUCUCCUCACCGCUGCAGGCAGCUAGCAGCCGAAGCUAAGUCCUCCAGGAGAAAAGCAACUUGGAACAGUCGCGUGAGCCCGGAGGAGGGUUCUUGGGGAUGGACGCUAAAGGUAGCUCUCUGCCUUCGAUGCCCGAACCAGCCAACCCAAUCAGCAUGAAGCAGCCACCAGAGUCCCUCAGUGUCCGGAAGGGUCGGGGGGACAUGAGCAGUGACCCUGCUCUGCUCAUGGACAAAGCUGCUGCACAGCUGGCUGCCACACUACAAGACGGUGUCCUUCAGAAGAUGGCCGGCCACAGUCACAACAACCACAGCCACGAGAGGCUCAAAGACCUCACCUCCCGGGUGCUGAACGGAGACCAGGACGCGCUGCCAAAGCUUUGCGCCCCAGAGCCACCGAUGCUGAAAGGUGCAGAAGCCCCGGCCACCAAUGGCACCCAUCAGCACAACUGCACUCCUCAUACAGAACCCGAGCUGAAGGUGACGAUACCCCAGGUGGUCACGCAGCCGCUGUUUGAACCCUGCGGUGCCAGCGGGACCAGUUUGUCCACAGCCAGUGAAGGUUCUAUAUCUGGACCUGAGAUGAGACAGGACGAGAAGAAAAGGAGAGGGCGACCUCAAAAACCAAAACCUCAACCAAACCUCACUUCCUCCUUAAUGGCUCUGGAGCAAAUUGACCACACGGAUGCUGCAGAUGGAGAAGAAGCAGCAGACGCAGACGAUGAGUUUGAACUCAUCCCAGAGUUGUCUGUGGAGGUCGCAGCGUCUCCUUUCCUGGUCGGUUUCUCUGUCGGCGACGUGGUUUGGACUAAAGUGUCGGGAUACCCCUGGUGGCCCUGCAUGGUCACCACAGACCCGGAAUUCAACACUCACUUCAAACACAAACCGAAAGCGCCCAGAAUCAGAGGAGGCCUCCUUUACCACGUACAGUAUUUUGGAGACGCUCCAGAAAGAGGCUACAUAUUUGAGAAGAACAUUGUGUCCUUCACUGGAGAAGAUCAAUACCAGGAGCUCAGCCAGCGCAACAGACGGACUCAGAACAACUCCUGCGGCAUCCACAAAACCGCGGCUCCAUCCGUGCCACGGAAAGUCCAGGCCCAGUGGAACAUGGGCAUCAUCCAGGCCAAGGAGGCCGUCGGCAUGUCACUGGAGGACCGCACGAUGAACUUCACGUUUGUGUACGACGACGAGGGCCCUCACCUGAACCCCCUCAUCCUGGAGAAGUUGAAACCGAGACAGGACAGCGAGACGAACCAGGAGACGGCGUCGCGGCUCAGUCCAGGUCUUCCCUCCGCGCCGGAUUCUUCCACCACUGAUCCAGAUAAUCAGCCGGAGUCUGUGGCACCUGAGAAGAAAAAGAGGCGACCCCGACAGACUCAGCCUCCCACCAAGACGGUCAGGAGAAGGAAAAAGUCCGCAAAGGACGACUCCUCUGACACCGUGAAGAAAAGGAAAUCAAAGCUGGUUACUUCAACUGACGAAGCAACGGUCUCAGUUCCAGUGAAGCGGGAGAGAAAGAAGAGCGUUAAAAGGCAGCUAACGGACGCGGCGCUCGACAAGACUCAGCAACCGAAGAAAAGACGUAAAAUAAACACAGACGCUGAAAAACAGGCCUUGAAUCCGGACGGAACGGAAAAGAAGCGGAGGCGACGGAAGAAAACUGACGUGAAAGACAUAAAAGACGUAAAGGAGAUCAAGAGGAGACAGAGGAAAUCAAAAGACCCCCUCACUGGCGACCAAGACGCAGAGAAACCAAAGCGCAGGAGGAAAAGGAAACAGGAUGGAGAGAGCCAGGCCACGCCUGCCAAAGCAAAGAAGAGGAGGACUUCACCAUGUCCUGAUCCUGAGGGAUCUGGAAGUGAAGGACGUCCGGAUUCUCCCAGCGACAGCUUAGACGGGACAAAGAAAGGCGAACGCAAGAAAGAGUUUGUCUGCCAGAUGUGUGAGCAGGCUGGUGAGGACUUGGUGGCCUGCGAAGGCCAAUGCUGCGGCAUGUUUCACCUCCACUGUCUGGGUCUGUCCUUCAAACCUGACGACAAGCUGCUGUGUCAGGAGUGCAGCUCAGGAAUCCACUCGUGCUUCACCUGUAAACAGUCGGAGGGAAAGGUGCGCCGCUGCCACGUCCCGCACUGCGGCAAGUUCUACCACGAGGCGUGCGCCCGCCUCAACCCCCUCACUUUAUUCGACAACAAGGGCUUCCGCUGUCCACUCCACACCUGCCUGAGCUGCCACUACGGCUGCCGCACCAAGCACAAGUCCACCAAGGGAAGGUUAAUGCGCUGCCUCCGCUGCCCGGUGGCGUAUCACGUCGGUGACCUGUGUGUGGCCGCGGGCAGUGAGAUGAUCACCAACACUGCCAUCAUCUGCACCAACCACUUCAACGCCAAAAAGGGCUACAGCCACCACAGCCACGUCAACGUCAGCUGGUGUUUUGUCUGCUCCAAAGGAGGUCAGCUGCUGUGCUGCGAGUCCUGUCCGGCCGCCUUUCACCCCGACUGCCUGAACAUCGCGAUGCCCGACGGCAGCUGGUUCUGCAACGACUGCAGAGCCGGAAAGAAACCCAAAUACAGAGACAUCAUCUGGGUCAAACUGGGAACAUACAGAUGGUGGCCCGCAGAGAUCCACCACCCGCGAAACAUCCCCACCAACAUCCAGCACCUUCGCCACGAGAUCGGAGAGUUUCCCGUCUUCUUCUUCGGCUCCAAGGAUUAUUUCUGGACUCACCAGGGUCGCGUGUUUCCCUACAUGGAGGGAGACAGAGGCAGCAAACACCAGAGGACUGGCAUCGGCAAAGUCUUUAAGAACGCUCUGUUGGAGGCUGAAGCUCGAUUCAAGGAGAUCAAAAUUAAACAGGAGGCCAAGGAAGCACAAGAGUACAGUCGAAAGCCGCCGCCAUACAAAUUCAUCAAGGUCAACAAACCCUUCGGCAAAGUUCAGGUCUACACCGCCGACAUUUUCGAGAUCCCCAAGUGCAACUGCAAGCCGACGGACGAGAGGCCGUGCGGCUUCGAGUCGGAGUGUCUGAACCGCAUGCUGCAGUACGAGUGUCACCCGCAGGUCUGUCCCACCGGAGAGCGCUGCUGUAACCAGGACUUCACCAAACGCCUUUACCCGGAGACCAAGAUCAUCAAGACGCCCGGCAAAGGCUGGGGCCUGGUCGCGCUGCGGGACAUCAAGAAGGGCGAGUUUGUGAACGAAUAUAUCGGAGAGCUGGUCGACGAGGAGGAGUGCAGGGCGAGGAUCAAUUACGCCCACGAAAACAACAUCACCAACUUCUACAUGCUCACAAUCGAUAAGGACCGGAUCAUCGACGCCGGGCCGAAGGGGAACUACUCUCGCUUCAUGAACCACAGCUGUCAGCCCAACUGUGAGACGCAGAAGUGGACGGUGAACGGAGACACGCGAGUCGGCCUCUUCGCCGUCUGUGACGUCCCAGCAGGAACCGAGUUGACCUUCAACUACAACCUGGACUGUCUGGGCAACGAGAAGACGGUGUGUCGCUGCGGCGCUCCAAACUGCAGCGGAUUUCUCGGUGAUCGGCCCAAGAACUCAAACGGCCACACGGCCGACGCGAAGGGAAAGCGGGCGAAGAGAAAGUACAAGCGGAGGAAAACGGAGGGAAAGAAGAAGUCGGAGGACGACUGUUUCCGCUGUGGCGACGGCGGACAGCUGGUGCUCUGCGGCAAGAAGACCUGCACCAAAGCGUAUCACCUGUCCUGCCUCAACCUCACCAAGAGACCCUUCGGACGCUGGGACUGUCCCUGGCACCACUGCGACGUCUGUGGGAAAAACUCUGAGGCGUUCUGCCAGCUCUGCCCCAACUCCUUCUGCAAGGCUCACCAGGAGGGGGCGCUGCGUCCCUGGCCGCCCACGGGGCAGCCUUGUUGUCAGGAGCACGAGGAGCCGGAGGGAGCGGACGACCCGGACAAGGGUGCCGGCGCGGAGACGAGCGGCGCCGCCGUCACUGCCGGCCGUUCCGCCAAGGCCUCCAGGAAAACGGAAGGGGCCAAAACGAAGGCGUCGAAGAGGAAAGCGGCAGAGGCCUGACGUGUGAACUCAAACCCCCUCAAACUAGACUCUGACGCCUGCUUCUUCCGUCACAAAUGACUAAAAAACCCACGUAACAAAGUCUGUGAGGCGCUGUGGGCUUUCAUCGUCAGCGCCCACACUCCAAUUUCCAGCUCUCACAUUUUCAGGUUCUUCUCCACACGUGUCUGCACUGACGUCGCAGCAUCUGUGGUAAAGCAGCAGGACUCUCACUCCACCAACAACCAAACUGCCCGUUCAUGUCUCUAUUUUAUUUUUACCUUGUUUUCGUCGACUUUUUACUUUCCCGAUCCUUAGAACAACAAAAGGAACCGGUACGCUCACGCCGCCGCCGUCUGCUAACUUGAAUCCUUUUCUCACUCACUCACUCACUCAACAUGGAUGAUCUUGAACAGCAGAGAUUUUAGAGCUAUAUCUAUAUAUGUGUUUAUCAAAGUGAAACGAGUGAAACAUCAAACACGUUGCCAAAUGGAUUUAUUUUCAUUAUGUAUGUGUGUGUGUGUGUGUGUGUGUCAGAUGUAAAAUGGAACACCAGGACACUAUAAAUAGGCCUCACACGACCUCUUUACUCUAACUUCGUAGCCGUAGGCUAUAUUUAACUGUAGGUUUGUUUUUUUCUCUUCCAGUCUUAGCUCAGUUUCACUUUUUUUUCUUUUUUUUUAAAUCAGGAUGCUGAAUAAUGGCGCUUAAAAACCGUUAAUCUACCUGCCCGCUCCAGAAAACAAGGGAUUAGAGAGAGAGAAUAAAUUUGUGUUGUGCUACAUCCACGCGACUCGGAGGAGUUAAAGAAACGCUGCUAGCUCUGGGUUUGCGUCGCUGUAGGAAACGAACGAUCCAGCUUCCUGGUC